AUGCCAGUUCUUUCACUGCUGGUCAUGGAGAUCACUUCUCUCCCAAGCAGUCACUUCUGUGAGUAUGAGAGGACCACUUGGAGGUGUUGGGACACUCAAGCUGGUUUUCUGUUGCUGAUUUUUUGGGGUUGAUUGGUUGGUUUGUUUGCUAUGUCAAGUGUAGGAAUGAAGCAAAACUGCUUUCAUAAAGUGUUGUUUGCCUCUGGUGUUAACAAAGUUAACUGAUGUUAACUUUGGACUUCAGAAAAGAUAAGUAAAACUUGUGAGUAAAAACAAUUCAACAAAACUCUGAAACCUUUAUAUUUCCCCUGUAAAGUCCCAUUCAUUUACUGUUGUUGUUGAAGGCUGUAUGUUGUGUCCCAUCUGACUUUAGCAUUUCUUUCAGCUUUUAGACAGAGAACACACAGGAAAAAAGCAGGCAGAAGACAACAAUAGCCCCGAAUGCAGCGAGCCAGGAACCAUGGAUCUGAAAUUCACUUCAUCAAGAAAAUACAUUUCCAUCAGUGUACCCUCCAAAUCUCAAGCUAUGUCUCCCCAUAUCAAAUCAGUAGAUGAUGUUGUAGUUCUUGGCAUGAAUCUCAGCAAAUUUAGCAAACCUACUCAAUUUUUUAUCUGUGUUUCUGGAGUUUUUAUGUUUUAUCUAAUCUAUGGAUAUUUACAGGAAUUGAUAUUUUCAGUGGAAGGUUUUAAACCUUUUGGUUGGUACCUCACUUUAGUGCAAUUUGGAUUUUAUUCCAUUUUUGGACUAAUAGAAUUGCAGUUGAUUCAGGACAAAAGAAGAAGAAUUCCUGGCAAAACCUACAUGAUAAUAGCAUUUUUGACAGUGGGAACUAUGGGUUUGUCAAAUACCUCUUUAGGAUAUCUGAAUUACCCUACUCAAGUCAUCUUCAAGUGCUGUAAACUGAUUCCAGUUAUGAUAGGUGGGGUUUUUAUACAAGGAAAACGUUACAAUAUUGUAGAUGUGUCUGCUGCCUUGUGUAUGAGCCUUGGAUUAAUAUGGUUUACUUUAGCUGACAGCACAGUUGCACCAAACUUCAACUUGACAGGUGUGAUCCUAAUAUCCCUUGCCCUCUGUGCAGAUGCAGUUAUAGGAAAUGUACAGGAAAAAGCUAUGAAGUUGCACAAUGGUUCUAAUUCAGAAAUGGUUUUGUAUUCCUAUUCAAUAGGUUUUGUGUAUAUUUUAUUUGGAUUAACAUGCACUAGUGGAUUAAGCCCUGCAGUAACAUUUUGCUCAAAGCAUCCAGUUCAGACUUAUGGUUAUGCAUUCCUUUUCUCCCUGACUGGAUAUUUUGGCAUAUCCUUUGUUCUAGCUUUGAUUAAAAUCUUUGGUGCCCUUCUCGCUGUAACAGUAACAACAGGAAGAAAAGCAAUGUCCAUUGUGCUUUCUUUUUUGUUCUUUGCAAAGCCAUUCACGUUACAGUACGUGUGGUCAGGCUUACUGGUUGUCCUUGGUAUAUUUCUUAAUGUUUACAGUAAGAAUAUGGACAAAAUCAAACUGCCUUCACUGCUUGGUCUUUGGAAAAAAAGUGUGGAAGAAAGAAAAUCAAGGACGUUGUCACAAACUGUAUAGACAGUGGUUCAUGCCUUGUCUAGACUUUGACUUACUAUUUCAUCAUACAGUCUUCAACUGAUUCACUUUCCAAAGGGAAUGUUAUUUAAACCAAAGGAGCUGAAAGGCAUAUUGUCUGCUUGCAGAUUGCUAUAAGUGCACACUUUCAUGAGCCCUUUCUUCAGAGCACUUGAAUUCAUCACAAACGGUGUUGUAGGCCAUUGCCAGAUGGUUUUAUCAGCAAUGAAGGACAGCAGCUCCUGGCAAACUGCUGAGAAGCUGCACUCAAGUGAGACAUGGUAGAAGACUGGUUUGGGCAUUUUAAUAAUAUUGACCAUGUGACUGAUCUGAAAUGAGUGGUUCUUUGUUAAUUGUCUAGGUGGGGUAAUUUAAAUGUAAUACUGUACUAAUCACCAACUGGUUGACCAAAUCGUGUAUUCAAAGGUGGAAGGUUUAGAAUACAGUAUGUUCUCACUCUUUUAUAUUUUAAAUAAAAAUGUUGGGGUUUGUUUAAGUUAUUUUUUAGGUCAUCACAGAACUUGAUAUUUAUUUUAAUAAUUGAAAUUUUAAUGAAAUCCUAGUGUUUCUCUUUUUGUAGUAUUGCUUGCAAGUCACAAAACUGAGAUUGAGUUUAUGCAGUCAACACUCAUGCUCAUGCUAGGAGGAAAUGGGCUUUUAAGCUUGAAUGGGGUGAGAUGGAAACAUUGGUGUAAGAAACUGUUAUUUGCUUAAUCUGUGGUCAAAUACAUCAUUUUUAGUGGCCUGUGGCCGUCUCUCUGAUUGUGGUAUAAAGAGACAUGGAAGUUCUUAAAUUUAUAUCAUCAAAUCAAAAUUCUUCAAUUUCAGUAUUGGGGUAAAUAAUAACAGCAUCAGCUAAUGUGAUUGGAAUAUGUAUUAUGUCAGUCUGUGUGGUCUUCUGAUGAAGUUAAGGGGAUUAGGAUACAGAUUACAGUUUUCUUUCUUCAGUGACAGGAGGAGACAAUGUGCUACCAGUCUGUCUUUUUCAUCAUGAAUUUAGGAAGACUAAGUCCCUUUAUCUCUCUUUCUUUUAUAGUCAACUUUCUUUUGAAUCACUUGCCAUCUCUUUCAUUUUAUAUAUUUAACAACAGCACUUUAAAAAUACUAAUCACCUUACAAAUCAUUGUUCUUACAUGGUCAUGGUUUUUUUGUUAGUGUGUCCCUUAGAUGCAUCUUGGUGUGUGUUUCUUUCAACUUAGACACAAAUUAAUUAGAUAAUAGAAAUACAUAGAAAGGACAUACUGAGAAUUAAAAAAUCUCACAGGAUGGCCUUCUGUCAAAAAUACUAGUUGAUGAAAGUAUUAGAGAUAUACAAAAUGUUUUUCAGACACUUAAGAAGAAUUGCUGUUCAAAGGAGCUUGUAGUCAAAGCACAGACACAAAAUGUGCCUUAAAUUUUUCUUAUUUAUUUGGUAGCUUGCAUCUGCCAUGUUAAAUAUCUUAUGGAAUAGAGCAUGGAGUAACAGCCAGCUGAGCACAAAUGGAUGAACAAGAGAAGAGCUGUGCUGACAUAACUGCACUGUUCCAGUGCUGACACUUCUCUGGGGUGUCAGCAAAGCUUCUCAACACAUAUAAACCCACUGUUGCCAAAUCAGGAGAAUUUAUUGCAUGGAAGAGUUUUGGGUUUUAAAUUCCCAGCUGCUGCAUGAUUGUGUCCUGGAUGAGGUAGAGAAGUGAGAAUUUGAUGGACAGAUACACCUUGAGGGAGACAGAUGGCCUGCCAUGGCUGUCCAUUUUCAUGUUGCAGCCCAAGUUUUAUGGUAAGAUAUAAUAAAGCAUUCCAAUUUUAAAUUUGGUGUAAGAGUGCAUUUGACCAAGUCAAGGGGAUUGAUACACUUCUUUCCCUGUAAUAUUUAUCAACUCUUACAUUCCUUUGCAUUCUUUUCACUAAAUGAAGUUGGUCUUUCCAGUGAGGUUAAGAUAAUUUUACAGUCCUCAUUCUGCCAGCCGUAAACUUUGCCUGCUGCUAAACUUUAUUAACCUUUAGAAAAACAAAUUAUGUGAAAGCUACAAUAUAUGCAGAAAGUCAUAGUAAAUAUAAUUCAUUUGGCAUCUGUUUUAUUUAAAUAGAUGAGAAGUCAUUCACAAAGUUUCUGACUAGAAUUCAAAUGUAGUAUGUAUGUUUCUGGACAGCUAAUAUAAUCCAGUUUUGUCUCUGUUGUCUCUCUUUGAAGAGAAAGUAAUCACAAUAAUUCACCUUUUAAUUUAUUUUCUGUUGUACACAGGGCUGAGUUUAUGAGCUAUCGUUAGGGGAAGUUUUGAUUUAUUUUUUUAUUGUUUUCUUAACUGUAGAAGUGUGUGUUUUGUUUUACCGGUGUACUUCAAAAUUAUUUUUAUAUACAAAUGGAUAUUGUAGGUUUGCUGUUAAUAGCAUAGAUUUAAGAGUUAGCCCUUUAUUUUCAUAGGUACGAGUCUAGUACUUGCCAAUCAACAAUAUGCGUGUUAAAGAAAAUGCACACACAAGUGAGAUUAGUUUAUAAUUUGCCACACAUCAUGGUCUGUGCAGUUUGAUGCCUUCUUUAAGAAAAACUUCAUUUCAGUGAAUUACUGUUUGUGGGGUUUUUUUAUAAGCUUCAUAGUGCAUGCAAGCUAGAAAACCUUACAAACCUGCAAGUGUUCUUACUACAAAAUUUUGGGGUUGAGUCUUCUGUACUGUGUAUGUAUGUUGGUUUUGUGUUGUCUAUGAAAUAUGAAUAAGGGCUUGUCCACAAAGUACCUGUAAAUUAUUUAUUUUUUGUGUAAGAGCACUUAUAUUGGGGUAUUGGUUAACCCUUCCCAGUGUUGAAGGCUGGUCAUAGUAACUGUUGCAUUUUAUACUUGUUGUUUCCUGGGCUCUGCAGUAGGCAUGGUGAAACUAUAGGAAAAAGCCAAUCAAUUAUCUCACCAGAAAAUUUGUUAUCUAAAUAUAAUGUGAAUUAGUUGCUUUUUAUUCUUGUGCUACACAACUUUUUCCUCUCUAUAAAAAAAAAAAAUCUGUGAUGUAGGAAUUAGUAAUAACAACAUUGAAAUUCUGAGUAAAAUUUAAGUCUGACCAGCAUCUCCUCUGAUGUCAGGAACCUACUUCUGUGAUACCUGCUUCUGCCUCCUUUGAAUAGGUGAGGGAGCUCUGUUUUUCUAAAUCAACAUGCAUUUGCAGUUGCUUUCAUAUUACAUUUUUGCAUUUUUCUGGCACACUUCAGUAAUGAGGUAAUUGACUGAGCAGUGGAUUUCUUCAGUGUUUCAGUACUUCAGUUUCAGCAGAGCUGCUGAUUACACAGGUACCUGUGUGGGAAUACUAGUGUGGAAGAACUAAUGCCCUGCCCUCCAAACCUACAGUGUUUCCUGAUCUUGUAUUAAAUUGUCUUCAUCUUGUUUUACCUCUCCUGUGCUUUGAACUUACCAAACUUUUUAAGCUAAAGCUUGGGCUGCAUAUCAUUCCUACUUGACUUUCUUACUUGUAUUUCUUGCUUUUGCAUGUGAAAUCCUUUUUUAACAUGUUCUGUUUAUGCACUGUGGAUUGUUUCAGGUUUGUAUGCCUGUAUUUAAGGGCUUACAUCACACUGUUGUAGGUUGGUCACAUUCCAGAUUUUCUGUUUGAUAUCAUUUAUCAUUUACCAUCUGGGUGAUUACUUUAAAUCCUUUAUUCUCCAUGAAAAAAUCUUUCAUACUUCUCAUUAUUUUUGGAAAGGUCUUGAUGAGUGCACAUAUGAGUUAACUCCUUGACCUCAUUCCAUCUUCCAAGAAAAUCUCUCUUCUCCUUUGCCUGCCUGUGAGAACUAGAGGAAGAGGAAAUAAAUUAUUUCAAGUGCUCUUUUUUUCCCUUUAAUAAGUGCCUUCCUUACUUAACCUGGUAUGUCUUAAUUGUUUCUUUUAUUUCUGCCUCCCAUGCUCCCAGGCACAUACAAGCCCCUCUCUCAUGUUUGACUGCUGCUUGUUCAAUCAUGGAAACUUUUUGAGUUGUUUACUGUUCUGAAAAGAAGUAUAAAAUUGCAUGUAUACUCUGGAGGGCAGGAAAUAAUAAGUAAACUUCACAAGUUAAGGAAGUAAUUAAAUGGAUUAAUACUUUUUUUCUGGAGGGAUUUUUUAUAUGGUUUAGUUAAUAGCUCAGAAUUCUUUAGUGGAGGGGGUUUUCUUUUACAUUUUACCUGUUUAAAAGUCUUUAUAUUAAUUUUAAUAUUUAAUAUAAAACUCCUGAUGUUUCAGCUUUUAGAGAUUAAUUUCAGUCUUGCCUAUGAGGCAGGAAAGCCCUAUCACCAUUUCAGAGAUGUAGCAUAAAUGGUAUCUUGCCCAAAGUUGCCUUGGUAAGUCUGAUGAGCAAGGAAUAGAUGUUAAUACCCUAAGUCCAGUGUGCCCCAAGUCCAGCAGAGCCCAUCUGUACUUUAAAUGAAAUGGUACCAAUGAAAAGUCAGUUUUCUUUUACCCCCAGCACUAGAGAUGUUCAAUUGUUUCUUUUCCUUGUUCUGUACAAGUACAAUUUAAAGGGAAAAUAAGGCAGCCAUAAAAUAGCUUUUUCUGCAUUUUAUUUGAAGUUUUUUGCAUUGUCAUUUUUUGUUGAUUUGUUGUUUUCUUGUGAGCACCUCUGUGGAAGCAAGCUGGACACAGUAGUAGAUUUAGGAGAAGCAUAAUAUCCUUCACUUUAAGGUGACUGAUUCACUUUGCUACUAAUCAAAAGCUGAUGCCAUGGGAAAACUAUGAGGAAUUGUCAUCACAUGAGGAAUUAAGCAUAAUGAUGCAUUGUGGGGUCUAUAUCACUUUGCCAUUCUCUUGUAGAGAAGCAAAGACUAUUGCAAUAAAGAAUAUUCAUGCACAAAUAGUCAGCUUAGAAUACAAUGCUGACUUAACACUUCUCUACACCUGGAUUGUGUUGUUACGCUAGUUUUUUGAGAUGUGUUAGUAAUGUAUUGCUUGUCUCUACUUUUUAGAUGUUUUCUUUGUUAGAUUUCUCAGUUUUAUGCUUCCUUUUUUUUUUUUAUCGCUUAGGUUUUAAGUGUGGAGUUUUACAUUGUAAUUUUGAUUACAUCUCUAGUGCUGUGACCAGUUCUGGGCUCACCAGCUCGAGAGGGAAAUGGGGCUACAGGAGAGAGUCCAGCAAAGUGACGAGAAGAUGAUGGACUCAGCCAUCUCACCUGUGAGGAAAGGCUGAGAGACAUGGGAUUUUUCAUCCUGGAGAAGAGAAGGCUGAGGGGAAUUCCAUCAAUGUGUACAAACAUUGAAGGGAGGACACAAAGAUGGGGGAGCCAGGAAUGACAGCCCUGAGGCAGUGGGCACACACUGAAACACAGGGAGUUCCCUCUGAAUAGAGGAAAUACUUUCUUACUGUGAAGGUGAUUGGGCACUGGCAUGGAUUGCCCAGAGAAGUUGGGAAGUCUCCAUCACUGGAUAUAUUCAAAAAUUGGGUGUGGUCUUGGGCAGCUGGCUGUGGGUGGCUUUGCUUUGAGCAGGGGCAAAGGCACCUUCCAACCUCAGUCACUCUAUGAUCUUUAACUUUGCUGUCUUUGUCUAUCUUCCACUUUUUCUCAUGUUUACAAAUUGUUAAUAAAUAUGAUUAAAGCGAGUA